AUUUCGUAGGCGUCACCUGUCAUCGCUGUCAGCUACAUGAUAGAUGUCAAGACGUCACCUCAAAAGUCAAAAAUUUGCUGUAUACAGCUGAUGUGCUGAUAAAGAUCCUUUUAAAAAAUAAAUGCACCGGGAUGAUUUUAAUAUUAUUUUACAAUGGUUUCAGCACCAGAUAGUGGUAUAAUUUGGUGAAAGAUAGACACGUCUAGGAAAUCCAACAAAAUUUUAUAAACAAUGUAAUACAGUGAAGGACCUUGUAGAACUCUAUAUUCUGUAAAUAAAGACUAUACAGCUGACGUAGUUGUAAGACAAGCUAUGUAUGACUGCUUUUCUGUGUAGCAUAAAGAUGCAAGCAAAAAGAAGAUACUUGUUGGUAUUUGUAGUGGCAUUCCUGACAUUCUGGUAUUUUGGGAGCCACCAUUUACGAAGACAUGAGGAGCCUCCAGAUGAGACAGAAGAGCUACAACAGUAUAUUUUACUGAAUAACGUAGAAACAGGUUAUUUAUUAAAUGGGAGGGAGCAUAGCAUUAUCAAUAACAAGAAAAACUGUCGCAUGGAAACAUGUUUUGACUUCAGCAGGUGCAAAAAGGACUUCAAGGUUUAUGUAUAUCCUCAGGAGGAUAGCAGUGUACCUAGUCCGUCCUAUCUUAAACUGCUCAACGUUUUAUUAGAAUCUAGAUAUUACACUGCAGAUCCCAGAGAGGCUUGCAUCUUCAUCUUGAGUAUAGAUACACUAGAUAGGGAUCGACUAAGCAAUGAUUAUGUUAGGAAUAUGCAAAAUAAACUACAACGUUUACCUCAUUGGAAUGAUGGCCUUAACCAUGUCAUAUUCAACUUAUAUUCUGGCACAUGGCCAAAUUACACAGAAAAUGAUCUAGAUUUUGACUAUGGCAAAGCCAUAUUAGCCAAAGCCAGUAUGUCUGAAAGCCAUGUACGGGUAGGUUUUGAUAUAAGCAUUCCACUGUUCCACAAAGUACACCCAACUAAAGGUGGUGAACCUGGUGCAGCAUCUGCUAAUAACUUUCCUUUAGAGAAAACAUACCUACUUGCUUUCAAAGGCAAAAGAUAUGUCCAUGGUAUUGGAUCAGAUACCAGAAAUUCACUUUAUCAUUUGCACAACAGGAAAGACAUCAUUAUGGUAACAACUUGUAGACAUGGCAAAAGCUGGAAGGACAUGAAAGAUGACAGGUGUGAUGAAGACAACAAAGAAUAUGACAAAUAUGACUAUGAAACACUGCUGCAAAAUUCCACAUUUUGCUUAGUACCCAGAGGAAGAAGAUUGGGCUCGUUUAGAUUUUUAGAGGUAUUGCAAGCAGGCUGUAUUCCAGUACUCUUAUCAAAUAGCUGGGCUCUGCCUUUUUCUGAAGCUAUAGAUUGGAAGAAAUCUGUUAUUUGGGCGGAUGAACGUCUAUUGCUACAGGUUCCACAUGUAAUUCGUUCAUUGACACCAAAGAAGAUUCUACAGUUGCGCCAGCAAACUCAGGUUUUAUGGGACAGAUAUUUUUCUUCAAUAGAAAAAAUAGUGUACACUACACUAGAAAUAAUUCGAGAAAGACUUCCCAAGCAACCGAUCAGAGAUGGAACCAUUUGGAAUAACUUUCCUGGAGCUCUAGUCACCCUGUCUACUUAUUCAGAUUCGUUUUCCGAUUUUCCUUUUCAUAUAGAAAAAGAUGAGAGUGUGGGAUUCACAGCCAUCAUUUACUGUCAACUAGGCAUACCUUUCACUAGUAGUUCACCGUUGUUUCGCCUUAUUAACUAUGUUGCGCGAAGUAAAUAUGUGUCUAAGAUUCUAAUGGUUUGGUCUAAUGAAAAGAGACCGUCGGGUAAAAUUAAGUGGCCUGGGUUGCCUUUGCAUGUUCCUUUGCAUAUCAUACAACCAAGUGUUAACUCAAAUGUCGAUAAUGAGUUAACUAAAUCGAGUAUAUCUCAAAGAUUUUUUACUCAUAAAGAAAUUGAAACUGAAGCAAUAUUAUCACUAGAUGAAGAUACAAUAAUAACCACGGAUGAGAUAGACUUUGCAUUUACAGUCUGGAAACAGUUUCCAGAUCGGAUAGUAGGAUAUCCAGGAAGGUCUCACUACUGGGAUGAUUCCAAGUCAACGUGGGGUUACACGUCAAAAUGGACCAACGACUAUUCGAUAGUCUUAACAGGAGCUGCCUUUUACCACCGUUACUACAACUAUCUUUACACAGAGUGGCUAAGUCCACUUUUGCACAAAACCGUAGAACAAAGCCAGAAUUGCGAGGAUAUCCUGAUGAAUUUUCUAGUGAGUCACGUGACUCGUAGGCCACCAAUCAAGGUGACGCAAAGGAAGCAAUACAAAGAACAACCCAGCGCAGGAAGCUGGUCUCCCUGGAACGAUCCCGAUCAUUUUAUCCAAAGACAAACGUGCCUGAACACAUUUGCCGCGGUAUUUGGAUACAUGCCUUUAUUGCGGUCAAACCUAAGGCUGGAUCCAGUUUUGUUCAAGGACCCCGUUUCUAAUAAGAGAAAGAAAUAUCGAAGAAUCGAGUUGGUAGGCAGUUAGUACCUAUAGUCAAUUUUGAUUUUUGUAGAUUUAUAUGUAUACAUAUGUAUAUGAAUGCUGAAUUUUUUAGAUGUGCAAUUAUUUAUAUGAUUUAUUAAGAAAAUAUACAUACAUAUAUUGAAAGUAUAAAUACAAAAAUAAAAACCUUUUAAUGUAGA